CUACUGUUUUAAAAUGAGAAACAGCGUGGGAUUGUGUCUACUGCUUCGGAUGGAUUAACGACAGAAAAUUAAAAAUAUAUAAUAUAAUUGGACUUGCGUUAAGUUUACGUAUGCAUUGUAUGAUGUAGUUGUGGCCAUAUUUUCAUCUUACUUUCAAAUAAACUUAAGCUUUGUUUCAGUUCAACGCAGAUGGUUUUAGUUAUUUUUUUAAAUGUAAUAACUACUUACAACUCAUUACAAUGAACGUCAUCAUAAGAACUGGCUUCCAAAAUGUUUCACACCACAUUUCCUUUCAACCUCUAACCGAAAAGAAAGGACAGUACCUAGUCAAUGCAAAACAUGUGCUCAAGAAUACAGAAAGAAUGGUGAAAGUUAUCUAAUUGAAGCUGAAAUAAUUAGGCAAGCUAGUGUAUCGGAAGCACCAUACAAAACAUCUUUAACCAUCAAUGCUGCUCGUCAAGUAACAGGAGUAUCCUACAACUGUGUAUAAUAAAAGUGAAAGGUGUAAGCAUGUCGCAGCUCUUAUUCGCUAUGUCAACACCGAAGAAAGCUUGUCAAAAACGAAUCAUGAGCAAGAAUGGGGGAAGCCAACUGUACGUCAAUUUAGUAAAGAACAAUAUUCCAAAGGGAAAUAUUUUUACGAAAUGUUCCCACCUGCGCAAAAGCCAUCAGACACGAAACUAUGUGCUGUAGAUGUAUGUGAACUAAAAGAAUCAUGUGCUCUAAAAUUGGUGUUAAUUGCUGCUUCAAGAAAUCAAGAUGAGCGAGACAAGCUAUCAAUAAAACAUUUACUCAGUUCGAUGUUGCUAACUGUUGAAGUGAAUCUCAAAAGAGAAGACUGUGAAGCUUGUUUAUGCAAUUUUUUUAUAUUUUGUAACGAGCACCCAAUAUAUAAAAAUAUCUACGUACUGGAAAGUAGCUUGCAGAAUUUUUAUGAAACUCAUAUUGUGAUGAUGGAAGAAGAAAUUGUUAAAUUGUGCUGUGAUACCUUAGGACAGUCUACAUGUGAUAAUUGGUUUGCAGCUAGGGUUCUUCGAGUAUCUGCAAGUAAAAACACCCACAGUAUAAAAACAAGAGCAAAGAAAACUGUUGAAUCUUUGAUCUCGGGUAUGCUUUAUCCUAAGAAAAUAUCUACUCCGGCAACUCAAUAUGGAAGCAAGCAUGAAUGUGAUGCUAAAAAGGAAUAUGAACAGAUAUUUCACUGUGAUGUUAAACAAAUUAGGUUAAUUGUUUGUAAAAGUAAUCCAUGGCUGUGUACAAGUCUUGAUGGAGUUGUUAUAGAAGACGGUUGUAUCACAAAAAUAGUGGAAUUCAAAUGUCCAUUUACGUGUACUGAUCAACCUGUAGUAGAUUACAGUAACAAGAAGUGUAAUGUCAGUUAUUUGUAUUUUUUUGGUGGUACCGUACAAUUGAGAGAGUCUGCAAUAUACUACACGCAGUGUCAAGUUCAAAUGUAUGUAAGUGGAUUGACAAUUUGUGACUUAUUUAUUUACUCACCUGUCACAAAUGGAAGCUGUAUCAUCCAAGUUCAUAGAAAUGAAACAUUCUUAGAAAAUAUAAUUUAUAAGUGUGAACAUUUCUACUUUAAUUAUUAUUUACCUGCUGUAAGAGAUUUUUUUUUUUACAUGGCAUUUGGAACUCGAAAGUUCAUCGCCUCAUCUACGCAAGGCUUCCACGCUGCCCUAUCUUGUGUCAACCCCACCCAAGAUGCACCUCUCCGAUCGACACCCACCCGUCCUAUUACUACUAGAUCCGCAUUUACGUUGUCCUCCCAUCUACGUCUAGGUCUACCUACAGGUCGCGUUACCAUCGGCCUGCCCUUCAUGACACGCGCUGCCGUACGGUCGUCUCCCAUUCUCGCUACGUGCCCUGCCCAUCCCAAUCUGCGCGAUUUUAUUAUUCUGUUAAUAUUUGGUGACGCGUACAGAUUGUGUAACUCAUCAUUGUGUAGUCUCCUCCAUUCCCCGGUUUCCUCAUCUUUCUUCGGCCCGUAUAUUUUUCGCAAGACUUUAUUUUCAAAUACCCUAAAACGGUUGUCCGCCUGCUUAGUGAGAGCCCACGUUUCGCACCCGUACAGAACCACCGGCAGUAUUAUUGUCCUGUAUAUUCUUAUUUUAACGUUUUUAGACAACAGCCUCGACUUAAGUAAAUUACUCACGGCGUAG